GAGAAAAGGAGCUGGGAGUUGUGAUCCGACGGUGGAGAUACACUGCGUCAGAUCAAAGCUAGGAGGCCAUUUACAAUUUUAAGCCUAUUUAUACCAAAUCAAAUUACUCCUAUAUAAUAUAAUCUAUACAUACAUACAUCUCCAAACCCUAAAUACAACUCUUCUCACUCGAUUUCUCACCCUCGCUAAUGGCUUUGCCCAAUCAGCAGACUGUUGAUUAUCCGAGCUUCAAGCUCGUCAUUGUCGGCGAUGGUGGUACAGGGAAAACGACCUUUGUGAAGAGACAUCUUACUGGAGAGUUUGAGAAGAAAUAUGAGCCAACUAUUGGUGUGGAAGUUCAUCCAUUGGAUUUCUUCACUAACUGUGGAAAGAUUCGAUUUUAUUGCUGGGAUACGGCAGGGCAGGAGAAAUUUGGCGGGCUUAGGGAUGGUUACUACAUUCACGGGCAGUGUGCAAUCAUCAUGUUUGAUGUGACAGCUAGAUUGACUUACAAAAAUGUCCCGACUUGGCAUCGUGAUCUUUGCCGUGUUUGUGAGAAUAUUCCAAUUGUACUUUGUGGGAACAAGGUUGAUGUGAAAAACAGGCAGGUGAAAGCGAAGCAGGUUACAUUCCAUAGGAAGAAGAAUUUGCAGUACUAUGAGAUAUCUGCAAAGAGCAACUACAAUUUUGAAAAGCCAUAUCUCUAUCUUGCCAGAAAGCUUGCAGGGGAUGCCAACUUGCACUUUGUGGAGUCUCCAGCGCUUGCUCCACCAGAAGUACACAUCGACAUAGCCGCACAGCAACAGCAUGAAGCAGAGCUUCUUGCAGCUGCAGCACAGCCUCUCCCUGAUGAUGAUGAUGAUGCCUUUGAAUAGAAGGGGCGUAGUUUCUUGCUGGUGUCGGUGAUGCCCCGGUUUUAUGAAUAGCCUUGUACCCCAAAAUUUUUGCGAGGAUUGGCUCCUCCAAGAUUACUUUUUAAGGGUUUUGAGUGGCAUGAGAUAAUUAGGAAUGGAUUGAUGUAAUGUAUUUAAUUUGAUUCUGUCUCCUGGGUGAUGAUGAGUUUAAAGUUUUCUUUCAUGGAUA